AGUGUGUGGCUUCAUAACUUGAGAAUGAGAAAUCAGAUUUUAGAAAAACGAAUUGAAGUUGAGAAGUUGAGAAAGGAGAUCAAAUUAUACAGAAUAAUCUUCCCUCAAGUUAGUCUCCUGAAGCAAUGGGCCAAGUUAGACAAAAGAAACCAAGAAUCAGUUGGCAGUUUAGCCUCUCUUCUUUCUACAUUCUCACUCAAACUCCCUCUACUUCAUGGAGCCAAGAUUGACACAAAGGCUUUUCAACAAGCAUUGAGCAUGGCCAUGGAGGUGAUGGCCAAACUAGAGGCAAUGAUCACCAAACGCACAUCCCAGCAACUGGAGAAAACGCUGUACGUGCUAACGGAGCGGUUAAGCAUAUUUAAAGAACAGGAAGAAUGCUUGGAAAAGCUGGAGGAGGCUGUAUGUUCGGUCAUCACUUUACUGGCGAAGGAGAAUAGUAUUAGAAUCCAAGUCAUACAAGCAACAAAUUCUACCAUGAAGGAUCAUCCUUUUCCUACUUGUUAAGAUUUACUAAUUUAAUUGUACAUGAAAGGACAAUUUGGGUUUUUUUUUUUUUAAUUAUAGUGACUGC